CUAUCUCAGAAAUAAUCUGCCCACGCGUUAAGCUUCUUUAUCCCCGCCAAGCCUCUGCCGGACAGAGACGGCUGCAGCUCCGCUACUACUCACAGGGAAGUCGGAAUUAGUGUGGGAGACAGAAAAAGUGACGGAUGCAGAGUAAAGUUUGAGAAAUAUUUGUUUGUGAAUUAGAGGAGUGUGUUUGCUUCGUUUGUCGCAUACACGGACGGACAGGACCCUAGAGACCGACCUGAAGCUGAACCUGCUGCCGUGUGUUCAGUCAGGGAGGCAGCAGCCGCAAAACAAGUGCACACUGGGAAUUUAACCACAGCGAGAAGCUGGCAACGGUGGUUUGGGCAUGGACAGCACUGGAUUUAGGAUAUUCCUGAUAACAACUUGUGUUAUUCCAGGAAUAAAUGGCCAGUCUGUGGAAAUGGAUGAUGGGAAGUGGGGAUAUGUUGGCUCAAAGGUGGAUCUCCGCUGUCGGUUCAUCAACAGCUCCCCGCCGGUCAAAAUAUCCCAGGUAACAUGGCAGAAGCUGGUGAAUGGCACGAAGCAGAACGUGGCGAUCGCCAAUCCCUCCCUGGGUGUGUCUGUGGCCCCGCCCUACAGGGACCGUGUCACCUUCAAGAAUGCAGCAGUGAGGCGGCGGACUCCGACACUGGAAGACACCACCAUCUCCUUCUCCACGCUCCGCCUCUCCGACGAGUCCACCUACAUCUGUGAAUACACCACGUUUCCUGCAGGGAACCGUGAAAACACUGUAAACCUCACUGUGUACGUUCGCCCAACAACUCAGAUGAGUCUGUCCACGCCGACGCUGGUGGCUCGUUCAUCCAAUCUGAAAACACCGGUGGCCACCUGCAUCUGUGCCAACGGAAAACCAGCCGGUACCAUCAGAUGGGAGACGAAAGUGCCAGGAGAAGUGACCUCCCGGGAGUACAGGAACUCAGACGGCACGUUCACUGUUCAGAGUGAAUACAUUUUGGUGCCCCGCAAAGAAACACACAAGGAGACGCUCACCUGCGUCACCACCUACAACGAGGAGGUCUUCACCGACAGUGUCACCCUUGAUAUUCAGUAUGAGCCCGAUGUUUCGGUGGGUGGGUAUGAUGGAAACUGGUACCUGAACCGAGAGAACGUCCAGCUGAGCUGCCAAGCCGAUGCCAACCCGGCCGUCUCUCUGUAUCAGUGGAGACUGGUUAAUGGCUCCAUACCGACCAAUGCUGAGAUCCGAGACAACGUACUGACCCUGAAGGGGCCGAUCACGUACGACCUGCAAGGCAUCUAUGUGUGUGAUGCAACCAACAGCAUUGGGACACGAUCGGGCUCUGUGGAAGUCAGCGUUAUUGAAAAGCCUCUACCACAGAUCGCAACGGCUGAUGUCAUUAGCGUGAUCGCCCUAUUACUGGCUGCUGGAGUGCUCAUGGGCAUUACUGUCACAGUGCUGGUGCUCAAAAUAAGAAGUAGAAAAGGCAACUCCUCAAAUGACUCUCCGUCCAAAAAACCUUCCCAGCCGAUAAGGAAAAGACCAGCAGAUGAUAUCCAGCACUCAGGGCGGUUUUAUGAAGAGCUUCCAAACACAGCGGACUAUGUGAGCUACAGACUGGCCUGCAACAAGGAAGACUACCCGGAGCCCUACUCCCCUCCUAUUAAGCCCCCUCUCUCAUUUCUGCCCCAACACCCCUACCCCUCCUCACAACCAACCACUGCAACUAGCAGCAGUGGCACCAGCACGCCAAAAAACACCUUCUCCCCUCCUACACACACCACGGCCAUCUUUAAAUACCCCUCGGUUGUGGGCCUGUCUUCUCCUCCCCCGGGAGUGGCUGCAUACACUUUUCCCAAAGAGCAGUACGUCUGAACUUACACUUUGUCGCAAACUCAAACCUCUCAAGCAAUCUCCGAGGAAACGACCAGAUUUAAACUCGAACCUUUCCUAAGAGGAGGCUGGGAAAAUGUGGCUAACCCUGGACUAUCAGGCAGUGUCUCUGCACUGUCUGUCCCAUUGUGGACAGCUCUGGAGGUCAAAGGACUAUGCAGCUUUUGUUGUUGGACUUGGAAUCGAUUCCAAAUUUGAAACAUUUUCUCCCUUCUGGACGGUCUUUUAUUGUGUUGUGUUCAUUGUGUGUUCUAUUCAUUGAAAAGGGACAAUUAUUGAACCAUGUUUCAGACGUUUAGGAUGGAGGAAGGUCAAGUUAAAGAUGAGUUGACUCAAUUGUGUAUAUUGCAUGGAUGUAUGACAUUUGAUUGGAAAAUACUCCAAGCUGAAUGAAUAGGAUUAUCUAUUGAUGUCUGAUGUCGUUGACCCCUUACUUUAUCCUCUGUGGUAUCAUUUUAUUUUUUUUAAGAAAAAAAGAAAGGGAAAAAAGACAAUUUCCUACUUAAUCUCUAAUGCCCACUCUCUUUAUCCUGUGUUGUACACACAAACCCUUUACUGAGGAACAACAGACCUCAGGUUUUACCACCUGUUCUUAUGUAAUACUUUUAUUGUGCUUGUAUUUUGUAUCAUUUGUGUUUUUCUUGCAAAGAAAGAAAAUCUAAAAACAUUUUUAUUUACUGAAGACAUUUUGUUGAUAUAUGAAAUUGAUGUUUUUAUUUGUGGUAUCUGUGGAUUUUAGUAUUCAUUGACACUGGUUGUUGGAUGAGCCCUGAAUUUCUAGCAUUUAAAUAAAAA